CUUCCUAGCGUGAUACAUGAGUUGAACAUGAAGAGCCGAGGGUUGCACUAUGAUAUCAAGAAAAGUGGCCCAGUGUCAGCUGAAAUAUCAGGAACAACAAAUGAAGGGAAGACUUGGAGGUAUGGAGUUGACCUUGCAAAAAGAGAAUGUGGCUGUGGACAAUGGGAGGUGUCAGGAAAGCCAUGUACUCAUGCCAUAUACUUAUUUGGAAAAGUUAGACAACUAAACAUUGAGGACUUUGUGCAUGACUACUAUUCAGUGGAGAGAUUCAAGGUGGCUUAUCAAUUUCAGAUUACUCCAAUGAAUGACAAGUCUGAAUGGCCAAAGGUUGAUUUAGGAUUUGAAAUGAUUCCCCCGCCAUUGCAAAGGGCUGCUGGGAGACCAAGAAAACAAAGAAUCAAGGCUAGUGGAGAGCCAGGAAAAAGAGGACCAUAUCAAUGCAAAAGGUGCUUUCAGUUUGGACAUAUAGAGAAAAGUUGUAACGCUACUCAAGCUGAAUUAGAGCAAGAGCUUCCACCACCUCGUCCAAAAAAAGGGAAAAAGCCAAGGAAAAACAAAUCUGAAGCUGUUGAAACUUGCACAACGAAACCUGAGACAACCAAAACAGUUGUUGAAUCCUCUCCAAUGCCUCGUUCAAGCCCAGGUGUAACAACUAGAAGGAUGUCUUCUCUCUCUCCAACUAGCCCUGGUGUAACAACACGAAAAAUGGCUGCUAUCUCACCUGGAGGGAUCAAUCGUAGGCUCAUCAUUGAGUAGAUAAAUGGGAAAAUUGGAUCAUCACUGAGUUAUUAAG